AUGGAAGACAUGCAGCAUAAUGACGAUCAACGCAGUGGCAGUAGUGAUUAUGUGAUGGAAGACGAUCACAGUUCGACUGAAAACCGAUUCUCAUAUCAGGACGAGGAAGAUGGCACAUCUUCCAGUAGCGGUGAUUAUGUUGACGAUGAAGAUGCUGAUCACACCGGACUAGAGGAUGAGAUAUAUAUCGAUGAGGAAAACGAAGGCGAGGAGCUUGCGUCAAAUAACGAAGACAUGGGCUCUGAUAGCUCUCAGGAGGCUGCGAGGGCUUUCUCAGUGCAGGGCUUUUUGGGUAAUCUGGCUCAAACUCUGAGCGAAGGCGCUUCGCCAGCACGUAACAGAAGCCGUCAGGGGCCCAUGAGCUUGUCGGAUGUGUUUCCUGAGAUUUUGUCGGUGCUCAACGAAGGCGGUCAAGUCGGUCAGACGGGCCGUGGGGGCAGGAGUGAAAGAAUUCAGAGACUAGUGAACAAUGUGGCAAAUGCGGUUGACGAUCCCUACAUCGCGAUGGAGAGUAUUAGAGAACUUUCAGAACAUUUGUUGAUGAUGGAUCAGGUUAUUGUUGAAAGAAUCUUUCCAAUUGAUAAACUUGUGGCAAGCAUUGUUGGCCUGAUUUCCGAUCGGAAUCUGAAAAAUGAACUGGAACUGCAGUUGGUUUCAUGCCGAUGCCUGUAUAAUUUAUUUGAGAUUAGUCCUGAAAGUAUGGCAGUGGCUGUGGAUCAAAACGUAAUUCCCGCCUUGCAAGAACUGUUGCAAGAGAUCAGCUACAUCGAUUUAGCAGAACAAGUUCUGGAAACUUUAGAGCUCAUCUCAAGAGUGCAUCCGAAGGAUAUUCUGAGAUCAGGUAGUCUAACUUCCUGCCUCCAGUAUCUGGAUUUUUUCACCAUUCAUGCUCAAAGGAAGGCGGUAGCAAUUGUUGCGAAUGCUUGCAGCCGGGUGCAGUUGCAAGACUUUGAUACUAUCAAGGAACUGCUGACUAUAUUGAAACCUAUUUUUGUUAAUGCAGAGGAUCAGGUAAUGAUUGUCAAACUGCUUAAUUCACUUUACGGUAUAUGUGGAGGUCUUCGCCGUGAUUAUAUGUUAGAAGAACUUUUCACGGUAGAUGUACUGACUCAGAUCCUUCAACUGGUGGCCACCUCGGAGACACAUUUGGAUUGUAAAUUGAAAUGUCUGGAGAUUGUGACUGUUUUGGUUAGUAUUAGCAGCCAACUAGCGCUAGAAGUGAUAGAGAAAUGUGACAUUGCCAGAGUAAUUUCCGACUGCUUUGGACAUUACGCGAAGAGUUCCGAUGCUGCAUUGCACGAGACACUAAUGUUCGUGCCGAAGCCUCUAUUGCAUUCCAUGGCUCGUGCCAUAUCUGUCCUGUUUCCAGCAGAGUACGAGCAGAUUCUUUCUGUUGAUACCAUGAAGGAGGCUGGCCUCAAGAUCAACAGUGAUAAUCUGGACAAGUUAUUAAAGAACCUAACACCUUUAAUGGUCGAGAUAUACGUCAAUGCGGUAGACUUUGAAGUACGUCGUUAUGUGCUGAUUGCCCUUGCAAGGAUAUCUUCUCGCCUAACACCAGAGAAUAUUGCAAGCGUUGACGGCUAUAUGAUAAGAUUGGCCAGUUCUGCGUUAGCCCAAAAUCAGUCAUUGUUAGAGAAGGAGAAUGAUAAACUUCUGGUGGUUACAGGCUCAAUUGCCGGUAUUCUAUCGCUUUUGGAUGUUCUAACGGCCAGGUUCGCCCCAGAAAUCUUACCCAAGCUAAAGAGGGAGGGAAUAUUUAGCCUCUUACAAAUCCUUCAAUCAACAUUAAGCAAAUUGAAAGGCGAAGGGCAAAAUUCGCCCAUAGAUAAUCAAGAGAGCGCCAGCAGCGAUCGAAAUGACUUGAAUGACCAAGAGAGCGAGGAGGAGGAUGACGACAGCCAUGGACUUCAAUUUGGCAUUAUUGACAUACCUGAUGAGGCCGAACCGAAGAGAAUUAAAUUUAAUAUUUUAAGACCUUUGACAUUGAGCUAUACCUACAACAAGAUCUUCGAAUUAAGUAAGAAUUUGUUGCUUCUAUCUGAGGGAAACGAACAGACCGUGAUAAAGGAGCUACAGGAGAUCGAGGAUGUCGUGAAGUACCUGGAUUCGCUGAAGACUGAAACUUUUUCAAACCAGACAUGGUUUGACUUAUGGAGCAAUUUAAAAGCAUGUAUUUUCAGUGGGUCUUUUGAAAUAUCAAGUUUUGAGUUUGUUUCCACCGGCCUAGCAACAGCUCUUGCCCGCGUUGUUGGAGAACAUGGCUUCAAGAGUAGUGUACCAAGAAAGACCUUUUUUGAAGUAUUCGGACCUAGCAGUUCCAAAUUUGUGGAGAUUUUGCAGUCAGCAUUGACAAGGAUUGAGUCUUUUGAGAUAGUAGACUGCGGACUUGCAGGCGACGAGGGAAGAGUGGCAUCGCUGGGCAAGCAAGUGAAAAUUAAACUUUUAUAUGAUAGUGAUGCACAGACGGACAGCGUGCCAGAGCAAUUGACGAACAUAACGAUAUCUAUUCACUGUAUUUCCUCAUUCAGUGCUUUGAACGAGUUCCUGAGACACAGGAUUGCCCAGGCACGAUUUUUACAUUCACUUUUGCCCAACCUAUCAACACCAGCAACAUUUGAAUCCGAAACCGGGGCUAUUGAGAAUGUGAAGAAUUGGAUGUUUGAUUUUUAUAAUGACGAUGAGAAGUUUAAGUUGAGCGAGACAAUUUUUGGUGCAAUAUACAAGGCUUCGAAAGCCGGCGGAAGUCCAUUGAGUGACAUUUGGCACUCAGUGCAAACUAUAAAAUUCAAAAGAGCUGAUACACAUGAAAUAAAAGAACCUAUGCGGGUAGCCAGCAUCUACAGACAUCGGCAAGAUUCGGAAAGGAAUUGUUUCAAGCCGGCUGAGGACAUUCUGACUCUUUUGAAGUUUACGAAGAUAAGUCAACUUCCAAACGACAUUUUUAUCAACGCCAAACUGAGCGCCAAAUUGUCUCGUCAGUUAGAGGAACCCCUUGUUAUAGCCAGCGGCAUUCUGCCUGCGUGGUCUCUACAAUUGACAAAGGAUUAUAACUUCAUAUUUCCACUGGAGACACGACUUUUCUUCCUGCAAUGCAUAUCUUUUGGAUACGGGCGACUAGUUCAAAUGUGGCGAAAUAGGGUCGAAAGUUUGAAAGACUCCAAUGCUGACGACACCUUACAACAUCUUGGUAGAAUAACAAGGCACAAAUUGCGCAUUUCUAGAGAGACUAUGUUUCUAAGCGGAUUGAAGAUAUUAGACAAAUAUGGGGCUUCUCCAAGUGUUUUGGAAAUUGAGUACCAGGGCGAAGUGGGAACUGGGCUAGGCCCAACCCUCGAAUUUUAUGCUUCGAUUUCUAGAGAUUUCACGAAGAAAAGUUUGGGGAUGUGGCGUUGCGAGGACUAUGGCGGCCGUGGCGCGGAGAAUGAAGAACGUUAUGUUACCAACCCUCUUUUUCCUGCACCUUUAAAUCCCUCGAAGGAUAACACGAGGAUCGUGGAGUUGUUUCGGUAUCUGGGGAUUUUCGUCGCAAGAUCCAUGCUUGAUAAUCGGAUACUUGACUUUUGCUUCAGCACUCUGUUCUUCGAGCUUGCGCACAGACAAUGCAGAAUGACGGAUGGCAAUCGAAAGAUAAACGACGUGGAGGAAAAACUUCAACUGUUGCGAUCCAUCGAUCCGCAUCUAGCCAAGUCCUUGCGUUACUUGCGCAACGGGAAGGACAGCACAGAACUGGAGCAGAUGGCCUUGACGUUCACCUUGCCCGGUUUCGACAUCGAACUCAAGGAAAAUGGUAAGCAGUUGCUUGUUACUCCUGACAACGUCGAUGAAUAUGUAAAUCGAAUUCUCGACUACACUUUGCACGACGGAGUCCAGAAACAGCUUGAGAGCUUUAUUGAUGGUGUCUCAUCUGUGUUCCCAUAUUCGUCCCUGCUGCUGCUGACCCCCGAGGAACUUGUCGAGCUGCACGGGAGAUUGGAAGAAGACUGGUCUCCACAAACGCUCUACGCUUCGAUAAGCGCGGAUCACGGCUAUUCUAUGGGCUCUUCUACCAUCCACGAAUUGAUAUCGAUAAUGUCGUCGUUCAAGACUUCCGACAGACGUCUUUUCCUGCAAUUCCUCACAGGCUCUCCGAAACUGCCCAUUGGGGGUUUCAAGGGUUUAAAACCAAGACUCACUGUUGUUCUGAAGCAUCCGGAAGAUGGCCGGAAUCCAGACGCCUAUCUGCCUAGUGUGAUGACUUGCGCAAACUACUUCAAGCUCCCAAAAUACAGCAGCGAGGAAAUGAUGCGUUCCAGAAUAGCGCAAGCUAUGAACGAGGGCUCCAAUGCCUUCCUUCUAUCUUAA